CCGAAAGCCAAUCAGAUUCGAGUUCCGCCGUCAUCCACUGAUUGUAGGAGAGGACAUAUCGAUUUAAGGCGAGCACGUCGCGGAUUGAAGGCCGAGGAUCCAUUACCCAAUGGGAUAAUCACACAAUUAGCACCGGAAUCUAAUACAACUGUUACUGGUACUUUAUUGAUUUCGCAG